AGAGCUCUUCUUCACGUAAGACCAGAAUUCUUCUAAUCUCAUAAAUAAUUAAUGGCCUGCCUCACUAUAAGUCCUGGUGUUCGACGGGAACCGUUCAUUUUAGAGAACAGGGAAGGGAGAAAAUAAAAGAGAAGAAAGAAAGUUCCAACAGAAACUCUUCUAUGCGAUUGUCAAGCUGGGAAAGAAAGUAGAGCUAUAGUCAGCAGUAGCUGGGAAAGUAAAAGUGAAAAAAAAACAAUUAAGUCCUCGUUUAGCUGCCUGGCUGUGUAGUAGAGAAACUAAACACUAUUGUAUUUGAGUUUAUAAAGAGGGCGCUAGCUAGACACACACCUUGCCGAAAAUCUCCGCCAGAAAGUCAGCAGUUUCCUGACCAUGAGGCCCGGGGCAUCCAUCCUGCUGUUCCUCCUUCUCUCCUUUUUUAAAGCUUCUCUCACACAAGAUCUUCGCCCUCCUUCAGACGAUGCCAGCUUCUUGUUGACAGCACUUUGUAUCCAAGACAACCGCAUCAGAGAGUCCUGUCUACAUAACGUUCACACAAGAAGCAUUUUGAACGGAUUGUUACUCGCUUUAAAUUCACAAAGCAGGUUAGACGGAGCAGACAGCGGUGACGCAGCCCAGAAGAUGGAGUUGCCGGACAAAAGGCGACGAGACCAAGACGAUAAGUCGGGUUUCUAUAGCAACUGGUAACGUGCGUGUUGGUACCAGCAGCCGACCACGUGCUGAACGAUCACAAAGCCGCAGCUAACGGACUUUACGUCAUCAGCUGCCAUAUGCAGCGCCCCCUCUCUCUUCUUACCUCCUUCUCUCUCUCUGCUCUUUCUCUCUCUUUCUCUUCCUCCUUCUCCCUCUCUCUUCGUUUGUCUUUCAGUCUCGCCUUUAUAGAAUUCAAAGAAAUCGCUAAAAGACUAAUGGCAUGUGCAUAGUGAAAUUUUACAGACUUUUUGCCGAAAUAAAUGGUUGGCUUUGAUUGGUGAAGUUUACUGUUCUCCUUGAUGAGGCGGUUCCAUUGUGGCGAGAGCCUUUACUUACCGACACUAUAUGUGUUUGUGAAAGAAACCUGAUGGCAUGAGAUCCCGUGCUUCAUAUUCAAUCCUUUGAGUAUGGCUUUUUGUUUUGCUUCAUCCAGACAUACGGAAUAUAUUUGUUUGCAUAGUGACAUAAAGUGGCAUAACCUUAUUAAGUUGUAAUGUUACAGUGGCAGUUCUUUGAGUAAAUGUUUUAUUUGUAAGUACAUUUAGGGUUUAACUACUUUGGAUUGCUUUUCGUCAAGGCCCUGGUCAAAUUGUUUAUAAAACUAAUUCAUCUCCAACACUGCAUAUUGUGUUUUGGACAAUAGAUAAUGCGAAUAUAAUAUAAUGAUAUAAGCAAGUUCACAGCUGACCAUUGUUUAAAAUAUUUCCCAGUCCGUAUGGAUGUUUCACUGCUACCUCUAGUUGUCAUAUGUCUAUGUCGCACUGUAUCUCUGUAUUUCUGUCACAUUUUCUACAGGUGUGGACAACUGUUUUGUCAAAUCUAAAAUUCACUUUCUCUGUCAUUUUCGUCAGGCAUCUGCUGAGUCCCUCGACAGUCUUUCCAUCAUAUUGCCUGAUUUACUCAUCGACAAUCUCUCAAAGUUCGAAAAAUCUUAUUCAGCCCUCUCCCUUUUAAGGAAAAUAAAAAAAACUUUCAGUCAUCGAGAAAAUGAUCAUGAAAAUAACUAUCUGGAGUCUCAGGAGUUCUCGUGUGUCAACGGAGGCCAUAAUUAAAUUUUGUUUUUUUUUUAAAUAGAGGAAUGGUUGUCAAGCGGAUGAUGAUGUCGAGUUAAAAAAAGUUGAUCAUUGCCAUUAAGCAACAAACAUGGAGAAACUAAGUCGCUGAUAAACAUCCAACUUUUUCUCAUUUUCUGAGCAAAUCACGGGAUGUGAAAACGAUCAUCUUUCAAACAGGUGAGCAAGUGAUCAAGCCUUCGUCCUUCCUACAAAGAAAACGUUUUUUGGCUUUCCUAAUUCGUUGCUAAUUAUUCAUACUUAAUAAACUUUUCAGGGAGGGAAGUUGAUACUAAAAUGUCAUCAUUCGCUGCAAACGACUAUUUUUAUGUCUGGCUGACUGUUUCAUUUUGCUUUUUUUUUUUUCUUUUGCUGUUUCUAUCUGGUGCAUUGAGGGCAGGCGGUGAACACAGGGGAGAGCAGCAGGGUCUGGAGUUUUCUCUCAAGACCUUGUCCUUCUAGAGUUGUCGUUCUCUCUACGUGUUACACCUGCAACAGUUUCACCAAAACUGGGCGACUGUUUUCGUGCAAAUAUAGUUCAUCUUAUCUAAGAUUACACUGACACUUACAACCAGGAGAAAAAAAAUGUUUCUUCACAACUGAUGCAAUAUUCGCGGACUUCACCUCCCUAUUCUUUUACCUCUGGUUAUUAUCUUCCCUUUCCUCUCUCUUUCUCUGUCUAGCGUAUACUGACAAUAUACUGAUUUUAUUCUUUAUUAUUGUCUCUUUUUUCAUCAACUGUGAUGCAAGUAGUUGAUGCAAUCGGUUGCUAGUCCAUUUCUAGCUUGUUUGCUCAUGCUUGGGGAGCAAGAGGAGUCGUUGUAAUGUAUGUUCUCUAUAUACAUGUCGUUGAACCAUGAAAAAACUGACAAGGAAAAUAUGGAAGUUAGUUUACUUGAUACUGUUGUCUAAAAAAGUUGCUUGAUAUAGGGCACGUUUUCUAUAGGGCCUUAUCUUUUCAUAAGAAAUACUUAUUUUUCUUGAUUUUUAGUAUACUAGCGUAGUUUAACAAAUAAAUUUUGCUUUCUUCAAUCUGUGAAACAAAUGGAAUCAACUUGUAAUCCAUAUCACAUUCCAUUUACAGACACUUGAAAUAAAACUACCAGUGAAGGCUGCUUUCUAUCUCUCUAUCCUCCCUUUCCCCUGUAGACAAACGCCAUCACAACACUCGUUAGAUAACUGUCGGUACCUGAUCGUAAAACAAGUGUCGGCACUGACAUUGCAUGUAUAGAAGAACUUGGAUAUUGUGCACGCACAGAUCUGUGGAAAAUAAAAGUUGAAUCUCUUGAC